GUUCAGUGGGGUGCAAUGGCCCCCAUGCACCCCAUCGCCGGGGGGCGGGCGGUGGAGCUGCUGGAGCGGCUGCAGCGCAGUGGGGAGCUGCCCCCCCAGAAGCUUCAGGCGCUGCAGAGGGUCCUGCAGAGCAAGUUCUGCUGCGCCAUCCGCGAGGUCUAUGAGCAGCUCUAUGACACCCUGGACAUCGCUGGAAGCCCCGAGAUCCGGGCCCAUGCUACAGCCAAGGCCACCGUGGCUGCGUUCGCGGCCAGCGAGGGCCACGCUCACCCGCGCGUGGUGGAGCUGCCCAAGACCGAGGAGGGGCUGGGCUUCAACAUCAUGGGGGGCAAGGAGCAGAACUCCCCCAUCUACAUCUCGCGCGUCAUCCCGGGGGGGGUGGCGGACCGGCACGGGGGGCUCAAGCGGGGGGACCAGCUCCUGAGCGUCAACGGCGUGAGCGUGGAGGGGGAGCAGCACGAGCGCGCGGUGGAGCUGCUGAAGGCGGCGCAGGGCUCGGUGAAGCUCGUGGUGCGCUACACCCCCCGCGUGCUGGACGAGAUGGAGGCGCGCUUCGAGAAGCUGCGCAGCGCCCGCCGGCGCCAGCACCACAGCUACACGUCACUGGAAUCGAGGGGGUAGGACACCCCCAAACCCCAUCGGACCCCCCCCCCG